AACAGUAUGGCAAGGAAGAGGCAAGUUCUGUGGCUGUAGAGAUGCCUGGCAAGGGACCGAAGGUGUGACCACCUCCUUCCUCUCGGGGGGACUGCCUGCCGCCCCCAGACACCCACGGUUCAUUGCCCACCAGCCCCAGCCUGACCCAGCAUCCCCUGCGCGGCAAAGCGGGUGGCCUGAGGAUCCUGGCUGCCAUGCCACCUCCUCUCCUCCUCUCCUUCCUCCUCUUCCUCUUCCCCAAGGGAGGCAGGCCCCAGAAACCUCUGCUGGUGGAGGUACAAGAGGGAGGUGAUGCCGUGCUGCCGUGCCUUCGGGGCCCCUCCAGUGCCCGCUCUGAGCCCCUGGUCUGGUCUCGGGGGAACCAGUCGGCGCCCUUCUUAGAGCUGAGCCUGGGGCUCCCCGGCCUGGGUGUCCAGAUGGGACCUCUGGGCAUCCUGCUGCUCAUCUUCAACGUCUCUGACCAGAUGGGGGGCUUCUACCUUUGCCAGCGCGGGCCCCCCUCCAAGAAUGCCUGGCAGCCCGGCUGGACAGUGAGCGUGGAGGGCAGCGGGAAGCUGUUCCGGUGGAAUGCAUCAGACUUAGGGGACCUAAGCUGUGGCCCGGGGAAUGGCUCAUCAGGGAGGCCCAGGCUCGCUCCUCAUCACCGCAACAACUCCCAGCUGUAUGUGUGGAACAAAGGCCACCCUGAGAUCUGGGAGGCAGAGCCUGGGUGUGCCCCAUCGAGGGGCAGUCUGAAAGAGAGCCUCACUCAGGACUUCACUGUGGCCCCGGGCUCCACUCUCUGGCUGUCCUGUGGGGCACCCCCCACCCACGUGACCAGAGGCCCCAUCUCCUGGACCCAGGUGCACCCUAAGAAGCCUAACACCACAUUGCUGAACCUCUACUUGAGGGAGAAGCCCCCAGUGCAAAAGAUGUGGGUCCUGGGGCCUGUUCUGUCGUUGUCCCAGGCCACUGUUCAGGCCUCCGGUACCUAUUAUUGUCUCCGUGGCAACCUGACCACCGAGAUACACAUGAAGGUCAUUCCCCGGCCAGUAGCAUGGCACUGGCUGCUGAGGAAUGGUGGCUGGAAGAUCCCAGUUGUGCCUUUGGCUUAUCUGGCCUUCUGCCUGGGUUCUCUGGUGGCCUUUCUUCAUAUCCGAAGAGCCCUGGUCCUGAGGAGGAAAAGGAAGCGAAUGACUGACCCCACCAGGAGAUUCUUCAAAGUGACUCCUCCCCCUGGAAAAGGGACCCAGAGCCAGUACGGAAACGUGCUGUCCCUUCCCACGCCCACCUCGGGCACAGGGCGCGCGCAGCGGUGGGCAGCAGCCCUGGGGGGCACCGUCCAGCCCUAUGGAAAUCCACGGGGUGACGUCCAGGAGGCCGGAGCCGCGGGGCCUCGGAGCCCCCCGACUGCAGGCCCGGAAGAGGAGGAAGGGGAGGCCUAUGAGGAGCCGGACAGCGAGGAGGGCUCCGAGUUCUAUGAGAACGACUCCAGCCUCGGGCGGGACCGGCUCUCCCGGGAUGGCAGCGGCUACGAGAACCCGGAGGACGCGCCCUCGGGGCCUGCGGAUGAUGACUCCUUCUCCAACGCUGAAUCUUAUGAGAACGCGGAUGAAGAGAUGGCCCCGCCAGCAGCCAGGACGACAGACUUCCUGAGCCCCCAUGGGUCCGCCAGGGACCCCAGCCGGGAAGCAACCUCACUUGGGUCCCAGUCCUAUGAGGAUAUGAGAGGGAUCCUGUAUGCAGCCCCCCAGCUCCGCUCCCUUCAGCCUGGUCCUCAUCAAGAGGAAGAUGCAGACUCUUACGAGAACAUGGAUAAUCCUGAUGAGCCAGAACUGGCCUGGGGGGGAGGGGGCCACAUGGGGGUCUGGAGUACCAGGUGACUCCCAGGUGACCAGAGGCAGUGAGAGACUUGGCAGCUACUUUUGCUAGAGAGAGAGAUAGACGGAGACAGAGACAACACUUCUUGGGCCUACGGAUGCUCCGUGGAUAACUAAAAUCAGAACAGAGCUUGACCUACAUUUUGCUUGUGUCUCCUUUGUUACCCUGACACUGGCAGAGAUCCCAGGUCAGCUGUACAUAUAGACAUGUUAAUCAUUUAGGGCGUGUCUGUCUAAAGACUGGCCAUACAAGAUUGAUUAGCCCUAAAUUUACAUAACCCAUCUUAUCCUGUUCAAGUCUGAGGACACCAAGAUAAGAGUUUUGCAGGGACACUCAACUACCAGUGGGUGCCCAGAAGUCUCCAGUCACCUUGGAGUCCAGCAGAGCCUCUGCAGAACUGAGGCAGAAGCCGUCACCUCUUCUCCCAUGUCGGUGCUACAAAAGCAGGACUGAGAUGAUGAUGACCCACCAGACCUCUGGCUUCUGCUCCUCUCUAGCAACAGGCCCUGUUCCUUUGUUAAUGGGCCAGUCUGAUCUUCAUUAGGGACGUGCUUCCUUCAGCUCCUCCAGCUGAAGCCCCUUCCCUGUUUUCUCUUACUUUCUAACUCUAGCUAAUAAAUCAGCUGAUGCCUCUCA